AUGGCUGCAACUCCUUCUUCCACCAAAGUGUCCAUGAAGCUUCUUAUAGAUACAAAGAAUCAAAAGGUUCUCUUUGCUGAAGCUUCAAAAUCUGUCAUAGAUUUUCUUUUCAACCUUCUAUGCUUGCCUAUCGGCACUGUAGUGAAGCUACUAAGUGCUAAUGGCAUGGUAGGCAGCUUGGGUAAUCUUUAUCAGAGUGUUGAAAACCUCAACCAGAAUUACAUGCUGCCAGACCAAACUAAAGAUGUUCUCUUAAACCCUAAAGCUCAAAUCUCUUCAACUCACAUCUCUGGUUUUCUUACCCAGAACGCUGCCAAAGAUGAUGACGAGGAAGGAACUAAGUUAUACAUGUGCCCAAAUAGAUGUAACUAUAAUGUGACAUCAAAUAAACAAACUUAUUGUUGUUGCGGUAAUUAUAUGUCCUGUGAAGUACUCCGUGUUGGAGAUAAGAAGGUUGCUGAAAAGAAAGCUUCUAAUAUGAUUAAGAGUGGGUUUGUGAAAGAUGUUGUGACUUUCAUGGUGAUGGAUGAUUUGGUGAUCGAGCCCAUGUCAACUAUAUCUAGCAUCACACUGUUGAACAAGUUCAAUGUGAAAGAGAUUGGUACUUUGCAAGAAAAGGUGGUUGAGAUGGGUAUGGAUGAGGGUAUCGAGUUGCUUAAGGCGUCUCUACAAUCAAAGAUGGUUUUGACAAGUGUUUUCAUCAAGAAGCAAAAGUGA